GGGCGUUCGGCGGUUGGGGCCGGCGGCCAUGUUCGGUGAGAAGGCGGUCGACUUGAUCCGUGAGCUGCAGCGGGCCCCCGACGGCCAGCUCCCCGCUUACAACGAGGAUGGAAUCAGGCAAGUUCUAGAAGAGAUGAAGGCUUUAUAUGAACAAAAUCAGUCUGAUGUAAAUGAAGCUAAAUCAGAUGGAAGAAGUGACCUGAUUCCAACCAUCAAAUUUCGGCACUGUUCCCUGUUGAGAAAUCGGCGCUGUGUUACUGCGUACCUGUAUGACCGGUUGCUUCGGAUCCGAGCGCUCAGAUGGGAAUAUGGCAGCAUAUUGCCAAACACUCUACGGUUUCAUAUGUCAGCUGAAGAAAUGCAGUGGUUCAAUCAAUAUAAAAAGUCUCUUGCUACCUACAUGAGAUCACUGGGUGGAGAUGAAGGACUGGACAUAACUCAGGAUAUAAAACCUCCUAAAAGCCUGUACAUUGAAGUGCGGUGUUUAAAAGACUAUGGAGAAUUUGAAAUUGAUGACGGUACCUCAAUCUUAUUGAAAAAGAACAGCCAGCAUUUUUUACCUAGAUGGAAGUGUGAACAAUUAAUCAGGCAAGGCAUUUUGGAGCAUAUUCUGUCAUAGUUAUGACCGAGAACAUUCCUUCAUCCUGCAGUACUUUGUUCAGUUCGCUGCUCUUCUGCCCUAUUUCAUUGCCAGACUUCUACAAAUUAGCAAAGGCAACUUGCUUUUCCUUUGGCUUUUGGUGGAUUUGUGGGGCACAUGCUCUUGGUUAAUUCUCAAGAAUAAUGUAGUUUUUAAGUAUAUCACUUGUUCUUUUGUAAAUGUAUAGUCAUGAUCUUUGUUGUGUAGCAUCCCAGAUUAUAUUCUGACUAGAAUAAAUUAUUUUGCUUUUAUAUCCAUGUUAUUUUGCUAUAGCUGAAGGUAAUUUGUUUUACAGGAAAGGGGAUGGCCAAUCUUCCAUUUUCUCCUGCAAGCAAAAAAAACUAUUUAGAUGCUAAAUGAACAUUUCAGGAUGGGAUAAAUUGGCAUCCUUUUAAAAUACCAAUUCCAUAAGUCAGUGCAAUUAGUAACUUAAAAAUCUUUGACUAUAUCUAAUGAGAGAAUAAAAUAGCUUAAUUUUUACAUGUACAGAGGGAAUUUAGGGAUGCUAUUCUUGGGUUGCAAAGCUAUAGUUUCUGUAACAGAUAUUCAGUUCUCUCACAACUGAGUUUUUACAUUAUUUGAAAAUGUCUUUUCAGUAGCUACAUGUGACAGUGUGAUUUUUAAAAAUUCUGCUGAUUGAACUAUUGAACAGUAGUUCCCCAGUACAAUAAAUUAACAAGAGUCUCUAGACUGUAAGCUCCUUGUGGACAGAGAACAUGUCUACCAAUUCUGUUGUACUCUCCUAAGCACUUACUACAGUGCUCUGCACAAAGUAAGCACUCAAUAAAUACCAUUGAUGAAUUUUAAAAAGUCAGACAUUUUAUUUUCAUUAUUCUCUCAGAAAUACGAUGGACUUGUAAUUCCUUUUUCUUUUCAGACUAUUCUAUAUGUGAAACAACUCUCAUAGCUUUAAUUGGAUACUUUUUUACCUAAUCUUAUCCAAAAUAGAUUGCUUACAAAAUAUUCAUUUUCCCCUCAAGGAGAAUAAUUUUAAAAGAAUAUGAUACAUGCAACAUAUGGCCUCAUAUCCUUUUAAUUUAAAACAAAUUAUUUUUAAAUGUCCAAAGUGCCUCCUUUUACUGGCCCUAGAUUAUUUGUUCCUCAGAAAUUUCACUCUAAAUGUCUUCCCCACAGAUCUCAAAGAAUUAAAAAUUAUUGUUUAAGAUUGUGUGCAAAAGGAAUAAAGCAAUGAGUACUUGAAAAAUUUCGGUAAA